CUAUAGGGCAUUUCAAUUCCUCUCAGACAUAAACAAGAUGAUAACCAUGGAUGCUCUCCCGGGCGAUUGAAGAUUCACCGUCUAUGUAGGCGCUCUUCCCUGCCGUCUUCUUACUUUCUCAUACUUCCGCACUCAAAAUCAUUCAGAGAUUCUCAGUCAGUUUUCAAAUGGAGAGGACUGGGAGUUAGUUGAAGCUAAAGAUAAAUGAAUGGAUAAGGAAUGGAUGAAAUUAAAAGAUCGAGGUGCUCCAGAAUAUUUGCGUGGGAUAAAAAAAUUUCUUGAUUUUGCAUUUACUAAUGGUAAUGCAUAUCAGGGAAGCAAUGCAAGAAAUGUGAUUAAAUGCCCUUGUAGUAAAUGUGCAAAUGUGUGUUACAAAGCUCGUAGUGAAGUUCGUUUUGAUUUGUUGAAGAAUGGUUUCUUGCGAAGCUACAUUAUAUGGGAUAAACAUGGUGAAACGCUGGUUGACAUAUCUUCUCAAAGUGACACUAAUUUUGUUGAGGAUGUUCUUGAUGAUGAAAAUAUGCUAGAUAUGUUACAAGUAGGUUGUGGUGUUGCUGGAAUGGGAUUUGUUGGGAAUGAUGAGACGAAUGUGGAUGGUCACAAUGAAAAACUUCAAGAACCCACAGGAGAAGCACUAAAAUUCUAUCGCCUCUUAGAAGACUAUAAAGAACCGUUACUUUUGGAUGGGUCAAAAGUCUCUAAGUUGGUUUACAUCAUGAAAUUGUUGCAUCUUAAGUGUUUGAA